AUGGAACAGUCCAGUAACGACGUGGCCCCAUUAAACAUCGUCAAGGGGAAGGCGCGUCCGCCAGUACCUCAUCUCAACUUCUCGUCAAGCAGUUCGACCGCUACGAUUGGUCGGACACAAGGACGAAUGACACCUCCAGCGACUCCUCACAGCUCACAAGAUGCUGUCAUGUCCCAGUCUGUGGAAGAUAGUCGUCCAAUAUUCCACAAUUACCUUCGCGCAUUCUACCCAUUUCACCCGACCGGUGCCGUGUCGCCGUCAACAGUCACUCUCCCCCUGAACCAAGGCGAUAUAAUUCUAGUUCACUCGAUUCACGUCAAUGGCUGGGCCGACGGCACUCUCCUCGAGACCGGUGACCGAGGAUGGCUCCCCACUAACUACUGCGAGGCCUAUGAUCAAUUACCUAUGCGUCCACUCUUGAAGGCUUUGACAGACUUUUGGGAUAUAAUCCGAGGGGGAUGCGGCACAUUUCUUCAUGACUUUGGAAAUCAGGACCUGAUGAGAGGUCUGAUUGCUGGAGUUAGAUAUUUAUUGGAGAAAGCAGAGUGCUUAACCCGUGAAUCACCUCUAGUCCAGCGAUACGAUGGAUUACGUCGGAAUCGCAAAGCUUUACUUGCCGAUCUUUCUUCGCUGGUCAAGUCUGCCAAACGUUUACAAGAACUGGCUAAUGGCGCUCCUCGGGAUGAAGACGUUGAACAGGUCCUGGAUGACAUGCUUCUCAAGUCCUUCAAAAUAGUCACUCGUGGUGUACGAUUUCUAGACGUAUGGAAUGAACAUGUCGGUCUUACGAGAGCUAUUCUGGAACUGGAGCCUCAUAACGAAGACACUUAUGGCUCACCCGUUCAAACACCCUCUACUGAAUGUUUCUCCAUCUCCGACCGCAGCGCAACGGCCUCCACGGAACGGAACUGGAGUCGUCCCAUCCACAGCCAAGCUUCAAACUAUGGAGAAAACAGCGUUCAUUCUGGACAUUCCACACACCCCCGAUCAUCAAUGAUAUCAGAGCGUGGGAACCGAAUCUCUGUCUCCCAUAGAGUCUCUUACAGUGGACCAGCAGCCGGUCAGCGAAACGGAGAUCUCGCCUCAGUGCGAUUAGGGUCAGCGUACGACGCGUUUCUAGGAGUGCUAGGGUCCUUUAUCGGCCUUCAUUUGCAAUCCCGGUCGUCGACAGAGCUUAUCUUGACCACACAGCAAUCAGUAGCCUCCUGUCAGGUGCUCCUCAACCUCGUUGAGGCGAUCUGGGAGCAUGACUUUCAGCGGUCCACCGAAUUAGGAGAAGCCAAGAAUACAAUGUACGACCGGAUUGGUGAGCUAGUCUACGCUGCUCGUGAUAUUUUCCGACCCAACUCUGCCGGUGAUGAAGUCCCCUUCAUGCCCGACGAGGGAAGGCGCCUGGUAAAUGCCGCUACGGAUUGUGUCCGUGGAGCUGGUAGCUGUGUACUCUUGGCUCGCUCCGUGUUGGAACAAAUUGGCGACUUUGAGGUCGAUGGCCCUCACAACACGCCAUCGAUUGCGGAGAACGAACCCGAAACGCCAAAUCACGUCGAUGUUCAGAUGCAGGAGAACGAGCCACAGCCCACCUCGCGUCGCUUGCUACCACCGCCUAUUUCGAUCCCCGAGCGCGAUUUGACUCCUGCUACACCCGCUUUAACUACAGGCAUUACACCGUCAUCAAUGCUAUCCAGCACAGGUUUGCAAAGUCCAAAGCUCGAUGUGGAUAUCAACACAACUCCACUCGUAAUGAACGAUAUUAGCCCAUCUGACUCGACAUAUCGCGAACAUGUUGCUCACGAUGAUUCACAACCCCUCUAUCGAUAUGAGACACGUGGCACGACAAGUACUGGAAGCUCUUUCACAUACAAGAGCGCUAUUCGUGAUUCAGAAAUGAGUGGUGUUUCCCAGACAUCGACACGAGCAACAUCCCCGGAUAUUGGCGGCACUGGCGAUCAUCCAUCUCUCAAGGAAAGCCUCAGCCGAUCCACUUUGGCCGAGGAAAAUGAAGAGACAGAGGCCAACAUUCUAGGAAAGACAUAUGCGCACGAGUUGAUGUUCAAGGAUGGUCAAGUCGUUGGUGGCAGUUUGAGAGCACUGAUCGAGAAGCUUACUGCUCAUGAGUCUACUCCUGAUGCUUUGUUCGUUUCCACUUUUUACCUUACCUUCCGCCUCUUCGCCUCUCCCAUGGAUUUUGCAGAAGCACUUGCAGAUCGAUAUGACUAUAUUGCUGAUACACCAAAUGCCGCUGGUCCGGUUCGGCUGCGAGUUUAUAACAUAUUCAAGGGUUGGCUUGAGACUCACUGGCGCCACGACUGCGAUAUUGUGGCCCUUCCUUUUAUUGUUGAAUUCGCGAAGAACAAGUUGAUGGAAGCUUUGCCCAAUGCUGGUAAUCGGCUACUUGAGUUGACCGAGAAGGUCUCAACUGCAGAUGGGGCUAUUGUUCCACGCCUCGUCUCCUCGAUAGGCAAGACAAACACAUCGAUCGCACAAUACGUGUCUCCCGAGACACCACUCCCGGCACCUAUCAUCAGCAAGAGCCAGAUGAAUCUGUUGAAACAGUGGAAGAAUACAGGCUCGAGUAUUAGCAUUCUCGACUUUGAUCCAAUGGAAUUGGCCCGACAAAUCACCAUCAAGGAGUCGAGGAUCUUCUGCUCUAUCCUUCCUGAAGAGCUUCUAGCGACCGAAUGGAUGAAGAAGAGCGGGUCACUGGCUGUUAAUGUCCGCGCCAUGUCUACACUUUCUACUGACCUAGCUAACCUGGUCGCCGAUUCCAUCCUCCAUAUGGAGGAACCCAAGAAAAGGGCACUUAUUAUCAAGCAGUGGGUCAAGAUUGCGAACAAGUGUCUCGAAUUGAAUAACUAUGACUCUUUAAUGGCAAUCAUUUGCUCAUUGAACUCCUCCACGAUUGUUCGCCUGAAGCGAACCUGGGAGUUGGUUUCUCAAAAGACGAAGACCACGCUGGAGUCGAUGAAGGAAAUUGUUGAUGUUUCCCGCAAUUACGCCGUUCUUCGCCAGCGUUUGCAAAACUGUGCUCCACCAACUCUGCCUUUCGUUGGAGUCUAUCUUACCGAUCUCACCUUUGUUGAUCACGGAAACCCAGCCACAAGAAACCUCCAAGACGGUGGCAUGACAGUUAUCAACUAUGACAAACAUGUGAAAACUGCCAAAAUCAUUAGCGAACUUCAACGCUUCCAAAUUCCAUACCGUCUUAUCGAAGUUCCUGAAUUGCAAACAUGGAUGCAAGAUCAAUUUGUUCGCGUACGUUCGGCAGGCGAAAAGAGUUUCCAAAACUAUUACCGACGAUCCCUUAUACUUGAACCUAGAGAAGCACCACGAGCUAGCUCUACAGAUGCAGCUGUGCAUGCUCCUCCACGAGAGGUUGUCAAAGAUCGAUUCGAUUUUCUGGCUUGGUCACACAACUCCAAAACCAAAUCCGUGGUAACAACCAGUUGAGACAAACACUCUUUGACUGGUGCAUAUUCCCAAUCAUCAUCAUCAUUUAUAUACCCUUGGUUCCGAAGAAUACUCACGAUUUACGACAUGUCUAAAAAGCUAUAGCUUUAUGUUAAACCGGCGUUAUGUCUUUUUGUUGUGUUCCUAUCAUACCCUUCGUGUUG